AUGAACCUGCUCGAGUGCCAGCUGGUCGGCACCCCGGUGGUCAGCACCGCCUUCGGCUCGAUGGGCGACUUCACGCGGCUCGGCAUCGCGGUGCCGCACCAGCAGCGCACCUUCCUCCUGCGGGGCAUGGUAGCCCAGCCGCACGUGCCCGGCGUCGUCGCGGCGCUGCACGCGGUGAGCGGGUCGCACACGGGUCCCGAGGAGUCGCACUCCCCAUGGGUGCUCUCCUCGCCGCCCGGCGUGCACUACGACCACCGCCAGCUGCAGGGGCUCCUCUCCGCACUCAACUGGAGCGAGUUCGACGCCGCGCUCGUCCCGCUCGUCCGCGCGGACGGGAGCGCUGUGCCGCCGGUGUCCGAGGACGGUUCGGAGGUGCAUCCCGACCAGCCAGUCCUCGUGAGGACGGCGCUCUUCGUCAACGCGCAGCUCAACUCGUUCCGGCGCCUCGGCGUCGUGCAGAUGAUCCUGUCGAUGGCGAGCGCGAGGGGGCGGGUCAAGCGCUUCCCCGACGGGCUCGCGCGCUUCGCACACCUCGGCGGCGGGGAGGAGCAGGAGGAUCACGAACACGAUGAGCUUUGA